UGCCUGACCUGUCGCGCACGCAAGGUGAAGUGCGACGAGACACAUCCACUUUGCAACAAUUGCCGCAACCUGGAUGUGGAGUCUACUGCAUCUCUUUCCGAUCAAGCCGGUCGACCCUCCGAUCCACAGACCAGAGCCGGGCCCCGUUCUCCCGCGUGCUUUACCUGUCGCUACGCCCGGUCCAGAUGCUCCAAGACCCGCCCGUCGUGCACCCGCUGUGCCAUCUACGGCCACGAAUGCAGUUACCCCGAGACGAAUAAGGGACGGUCGCUGACGUCCUCUGCCCAGUCCUUGAUGCAAAGACUUCGAAGUAGUCGCUCACCGUCGCCUGCCAUCUCCUUGGAAGAUGAGUCGAGAACCAUUGCUCCUACGCAAGCGGACAGGUCUCAUCAACCCGCUCAAAUCAAUCUGCCUAGCCAGGAUCGACUGGAGCGUCUUGCUGUGGCUUUCUUUCUUCACGUUCAUGUCUAUCGCGCCAAUGCGUUUCUCCACCGAGACCGAACGCUCACUGCCAUCCGCGAUGGAACCUUAUCCGCGGCGAUUGUCCUCGCUCUCUGUGCUGUUGGGGGGAGAUUCUCCUUUCCUCCGGAGUCUGAAGAGACAGUGAUGGCCUGGGCAACAGAUGCAGGUGUUCAAAUCAUAGCAUCGACGGACGUAAACAGAGACAACAUCGCGGCUUCCCUUCUGCUAACCAUCUAUUAUCAACAGGCGGGUCAGUUUGCACGAUCCCAUCUCUGGUCCGGGAUUGCCAUUAACCAGGCAAUUACCCUCGGCCUGCAUCGCGAAGCCCCACUAAGAAAUCACACCUUCGUCGAGAGCGAACGCGAUCGACGGAUAUUCUACGCAUGUUACGCGAUGAGCCGGCUCAUAUCCAACGGCGCACCGGAGUCGAUUCAGUGCCCCUCGUCUCGCAUCAGGCUCAAGCUACCGUGCGACGGCUUCAACUACCGGAUGGAUGUUUCUGUGGAAACACCAUACGCCCAGUUGGAGGAGGCCGAGGGGCCCUCAGGGUCAGCUGACACCCACCAAUGCGUGGGAGCCAUAGGGUUUUGGGUGCGCUUAGUCGGGGUCCGAACUAUGACUCGGCGAUACUUUCACACCCUCACCGAAAGCCAACAGCAGCAGCAGCAGCAGGAAAGCGACACACGAGCAGUGUCCGGGGAGUCGCUACCUAUCAGGUUCCAGCUCUCCCGCGAACGCGUCGCGCAGCUCGCCGAAUCUCCCGUCCUCGGCCAAAUCGUGCUGUUCUACCUGUGGUGGAACAUAUGCCACAUUGAACUAUGCAGCAUGGCGUUGACGGGGUACGCGCAAUCGUUGGACGAGGAUACUCUCGCUGCCGCUCCGGAUGGCUGGGUCCAACAGACGCGCCAGAAAUGCUUGCGGCAUGCGCAGGCUAUAACUGAUGUGCUGGAACUCCUUGAUCGGGAGCUAUCGGGGCAUCCGCUGACGAUCUACGACCAUACCAUCGCGCAUGUAGUUUACCUGUCCCUUCGAGUGCAGUUGGAAGUCGGACUCGUAGAGGAUGAGAUCCCGUCUCGGUUGAGGAACCGAUUUGAGAUGAUGCUCGCGUUUGUGAAACGAACAAGUACCUAUUUCCGAUCGGUUCAGCUUGUGGUGAGAUUAAGCCUUGCUCAUCCUUGA